AUGGCGGCACAGGAAGUAGAUUCCCCCACCCUCAGAAAGCGAGUUCUAAACACACCAAAGCUGUGUAAUAUGCUGAGCCAUACUGUGAGUAGCGCUAGUAUAGAGCUUGGUCUCCAUGCAAAUGGUCGCCCUAUUGCACUCAAUGAUCAGCAGCAGCGGAGAGGCUCUCUCUGUGGCCAGGUGCCAGACAUGUCUCUAGUACUUUGAGCUCUCUCGUGCUGCAGCCUUUAGAGUACAGGAGUCAUUACUUUGGGGAAGUUUUAAUACCUGCACCCUCUUCUCCCAGCAUUGCCCAGGGACAGGCAGCAGUGAGUAGACAAGCAAGACUCCCAAGUAUGUGCACCCUAAUUGUUAUUUAUUAUUAUUAUUACCCUAUAGUGCCCAACUUGUAGCUCUUAGCUGCAGUUAAACUACACUUCCCUAUACUUUGCCAGGCUGCAGACUGGGAGAGCAUGAUGGGAGUUGUAGUACAAUGGCAUCAAGAAAGAUAGAUAAUAUUUAAAGGGACACUAUAGUCACCCAGACCAUUUCAGCUCAAUGAAGCGGUCUGGGUGCAAAGUCCCCCCAGGUUUUAACCCUGCAGCUGAAACAUACAUUGCAGGGUUAAUAUUGCCUCUAGUGCAGGCUUCCCCAAACUCCAGCCCGCCAGAUGUUGCUGAACUACAACAUGAUUCUAUGAAUGAAAUAGGCUGAGAAUCAUGGGAGUUGUAGUUCAGCAACAGUUUGGGGAAGCCUGUUCUAGUGGCUGUCUUCCUGACAGCUGCUAGAGGCGCUUCUGCGAUGCUGGAAUGCGAAAAUCGCAUUGAGCACGCAGAACGUCCAUGGACUGUUUGAAAGCGCACGCGGGUCUUGCCGCGCAUGCGCAUUCCGCUCCACUCAGGAGCUGACAUCGGCGGGGGAGCCUGGCGCUGGAUAAAGGUUAGUGGCUGAAGGUGUUUUAACCCCUUCAGCCCAGCAGGAGGGGGACCCUGAGGAGUACAUAGUGUUAGGAAAACUAGUUUGCUUUCCUGACACUAUAGUGAUCCUUUAACUAUGUAGAGCCUGCUUUACAAAAUGUAGCAAUGAAUGUUUGGUAUCGUUAAAGAGGAAGAGUCCCCACAGAGAUUUCAGCAAACAGUUUAGCUAUAGUUUUAAUUUAAAGACAAGAUGAAUAUGUUAUUAACCCCCACAGUGCCAUACAUGUGGACACAGAACUAGUGAAUGAAUGACCAUGUGUGCAGCACUAUAAAGUCCUAUCAUGCUUCAGCUCAUGGUGUAAGGAAACAAAAAUAAUUGUCACUAUUAGACGAGUGACAGUUGCGCUUUAGGGAAUAUUCAAAGUACCGUAACCACUAGUGCCCUGCCCGCUGUGCCCCCCAUUCUCUAAAAUACACAUGACCUCUUCAUAAGAAGAAAAAAAAAAUCAAAAGGUUUAAUUGUGGUGACUGUAAAACAGAGGGGGCAUAUUCAGUGAACACCAAAUCGUAGUGUCCUGGAAACUGAAUUGCAGAAUUUAGACCAAAAUAACUGAUUUAGAAACACUUCAUUUUCACAUAAUUAUACCUCAAUUACUUGAUAAAUCACAUGCAUUACUUGUGCAAUGGCUUCUACAAAAUGUUGUCACUUUUUUCCUCAUAUAAAAUGCAGUGCGUUUAUAGAAAGUUCCACAAGUACAAGAAAAUGAGCACCUUGUAAACUCACAGUAAAUUACUUUAAUAUUAAAUUAUUAUAUAUCUUUUUUUUUUUUUUUUAGAAAUGGCUUUGGGGACAGCUCUGGUUUAUGAUGAGGAGAUGACAACGUAUAAACUGCUUUGGGACGAGUAAGCAUUCUAUGCCAUAUUAUAAACAGUCUUUGGAUACUGGUUUAAAAGAAAAUUAAAUCGUACUUUUUCAAGUUGGAUUUGACCAUGACUUAAUGUUCAUAAUACAGUCAUACUUAAAUAUAUGUAUUGUAACAAACCACCUCUUUUACCGGUAGGAUUUUGUCACAGAUCUUAUGGUAAUCACAGUCUUCUAGGGGAAAUCAAAGUCCAGGACACAUCCAGCUCAGUUUUAUUUAUUUGGUGCAAAAUAUACAGGUGCUUCAAAAUAAUAUAAACAAAACAAAAUUCCAUGCUCUUGUUUGAGCACUUACUAAACAGACUAAUUACUAUCUGGAAUUGGGUGGCUUUCCCACUUACAAUAACAAAAUAUGGAUGCAAGCCCCACCAUUCCUCUGGCUCUUUCUCCCUCACUCUGCAGCAGGCUGAUCCCUUCUUUUAAAAGCCUGCCUGCCAAUUGACCAGCUACAGGUGAUUGUCAGUUAGUUCACAUCUCUGGAACGUCUAAGGUAUACACAAGUCCUGGUCUGGCUGUUACAUAGCAAAUCGUGCUAUUGGAGCACUGGCCCACUCUGCUCUCCAAAUGCUCUGCUCCGGGAACCCUUACAAUGGUUUUCAGAGUACCAACAAUGUAUCUUGCCUAACAUCUCUCCCUGGGACAUUUUAAUUGAGAAACCUCAGGCUGCUGUUUAGUAAAGCAGGCCUAAUAUAUCUUCCACCGACAACCAUUCCACAUUUUCUCUCACAGUAUGUAAAAUUAAAACCCUAAGUAGUUACUGUUUUCAGGCAAAUUCCAGACCUUUAAGAAACACCCCAAACCAAACCAGAUUGGUUCUUUUUUUGUGUGUAAAAGAGGAAUUGGAACUUUUAUAAAACUUUUUGGUUGCACCCUCCCAGCUGUCAUUCAUACAGCGGAGAAAGUGCCUUGACUCACUCUCCUUGAAUACUAACUCAUGGUGGAAAUGAAGACUUCUCUUAGAGAAGCAUUGGUUACAGUGUUUCUCUAUGAUAAGCAUUGACGCGCAUGCACCCUCCUUCCAAUGCUUCUUCUAUGAGAACUAUUGGAUAGGCUUGGAGAUCAUCUUCAGCUAUCAUCUCCCGGGCACAGAGGGGAGCAGUGGCAAGAUGCUGUCUUACUUCUGGUUUAGAGGUAAGUAAUGUGUUUUUAUUUUGUGUGUGUGUUUGGGGGGUGGGGAGGAAUCAGGUGAGAUGCACAAUACUCCUAAUCAUUAUUUAAACGUUAUAAAUAAAGGUAUUUUUAAAGAGUGUUUCCAAAAAAAAUAUGCAUUCCCUCUCUGUCCAGGUGCAACACAAACUCUGUCCCCUACACAGGGAAACAUCCUGUACAAUUUUCCUACCCACCUUUGCAUCACUUUAAUUAAUAGACCAUACAUCUCACUCUUCAUAUGACUUCAUAUGAAAUAGCUGUUUCUAUGGCUCCCAUCACGCUCUUUCUUUUCCCUGUUACAUUUUGUGUCCUUGGUUAUUUUCCCGAUAGAUUGUAAGGUAAUGGACAAGAGCUACAUAUCACUUUGUAUAAUUGUGCCACAACUCUUAAAACCACCUGGAUUUGGAACUCAUUUUGCGCUUGCAUGUCUAUUUUUAUUUCUCUCUUACUGUAAGCAUACUGAUUAUUAAUUGUUAAAGUUCUGUAAAGUGCUAUUUAAGACCUGAUACAUAAUUAAUCUCUUGCUCUUACAAUGAAGUAUAUGUGGUGUUGCACAUGUCCCAUGUGUGGUUUUAAAGGGGAACUGCCAUUUCUCAGGAUUUUUUAUAUUCACCAAUCCCCUAACACUAUAGUUUUAGGAAUACGAACAUUUAUUCCUAACGCUAUAGUGUCCAAUCCGUAACUUAUUUGAUUUUACCCCCACCGUCCACGCCCUCUGGCCUGUUAAGAGUCAAAAACCCCACCCACCUUCUUUUUUUUUUAUAUAUAUUUUAUUUUUUUUUAACUUAUCUUAAUUUCGACACCGAGGCUCCUUUGGCACUAACUAGUUUUCCUCCUACCACAUCGUCACAGUGCUGGUCUGAACUAAUGCCCAUUCACAGAGCUUGCCACAUGCUCAUUAUACCUUCACCAUAGGAAAGCAUUGAAUCAAUGCUUUCUUUUAGGGAAUUUGAAGACGUUAGACAUCCUUAUGCAAAGCAUGAGGACGUUCAAUGUCGGAUGGUGGAGUAAAACUCUGUUAGGGAGCAGGAAGCACCUGUAGUGACUGUCUGGAAACUGCAAUGUUUUACAUUGCAGGGUUAUACAGUCAGGGGCACUACACCCAGACCACUUCAAUGAGAAGAAGUGGUCUGGGUGUGUAAUAAAUAUGUAUAUGUUAAGGUUGAAAUAAGUCUUUUCUUAUGUAUAUAUCUGCAUAGUGUCACUUUAACAAACAUGUUUGGGAAAUUUGAUUAUGAAUGAUGUAGUUAUGGUAAACUACCAAGUAUACGUGUAUUGAUGCCCUGUUAUAAGUUUUCCAAGUUAUUUUUGUGUAACACACAAGGCUCAAGUCAUAUUAUGUGUCUUUAUAAAACCUCUCUCAGAUAUACUCUAUUGAUAGCAAAUCUUUUUGUAAAAUGGAGCUGAAUCUUUUAGGCCAAAGUUGUCACACUGAAAAAAUUCCUCAAAUACAUACGGUAAUCUUUUGAGAGCAGGUAUUUUGGCAAAAAGUUUGCUGAUCUUCACAAAUUCCAACCUUAGUGAAAAACGCUGCAUGAAUCCAUUUGAUCAGUCGAUACAGUGGAAAAUUGUCAAGGUAGAUAAAUGCAUGUCCAAAAUAGCUGAAUUUAACUGGUCAAUUUUUCACUAUUCCUGGUUUAAUGAAUAGUUAUAUGCAGGGUUAUUUACUAAAGGGAGAAUUACAAGUGAAUUUAAAAAUGUAGGGCCAAAUUAGUAAAACUUGAAUCAAAACUGACUUACGUGAUUAUUUGCUAUAGUGCAUUCAAGGUGAAUUUUAAAUUUAAGGCCGAGAACUGAAAGCACAGCUGACUUAGAUCAUUUUUAUCAAGUUUGACUAGUUUCACCUUACAUUUUAUUUGAAUUCUUACUUUAGUUAAUAACUAUUGUUUUUGUAACAUGGUCCAUUGAAUCGUAAUACUCUCCAAAUUUAAAAAAAAAAUUUAGUUUUAAAAGAUGCAUUUUUACUUUUUUUUUUUUUUUUUAAAUCUGUUUUUCAUUUUGUUCCAAGCCCAGAGUGUGCCAUCGAAGUCCCUGAGCGGUUAUCUAAAUCUUAUGAGCGGUUGCAGCAUUAUCACCUCGUGGAGAGAUGUGUCCGGUUACCUGUCCGAGAGGCUUCAGAGGAAGAGAUUACCUUGGUGCAUAGGUAUGAGCCCUAUUCUGAUGAUCUUAGACAAAGAAGGACAACUAAGAACGGUCACUUAUGAGAAUAUUGCCCAAAUGAAUAGCUAACUAAAAGUUUGUUGCGGAUUGUGCUAUCUUUUUAUUUAAAAACCUCACUAGUUUUCUAGUUGCCCCAAACGAGGGAGUGAAGCACACAUAAGUGUUUAAAUUUUACCUUUUCAUCCCAGUAAAUAAUUCAAUAACAUUUACUGUGGUGAGGAAACAGAGAAGCGUCACUAUGAGAGAAGUGACAAUUUUUUUGAAAAGGGCAAUAUGUCGAAUUUAUAUGCAACAUAAAUUAACAUCAAUUCAUUAAUCAUGGAUCAUUGCCAAAGAAUUUGUCUCUCGUUUAAUGAAUUACUGUCAUCCUCCAGAAUUUUAAUUCUACUUAUAAAUCUAUUUUACUGCCUGUUUGAAGUAAGAGAGAUCUAAUUUUUAAACUGUAAGUUUAAAUGUAAAGUCUUUGCUGGUAGGUAUUUCUGUUGCUUCAUUAUUUUAAGGAGUAAUUUUUUCUGACAUGUUUUUGAUCAUAGCUAGUGGCUAAAGUGAAUGAACGUGCUGUUAAAGCUCUGCACAGCUGUAAUAUAGAUACGUCAGAAAAUUCAUAAACCUCUUGUCACUUUUUGCCAUCUUUCCCAACCUCUCUGAAAUGGGGUGUGCUGUUAUUCUGGCAGAUUGCUGCAUGCAGACAUGUUCAUAAAACUGUGACCUGUGCUUAGAAUAGGCUGAUGGCAUGCACUGUAUGACUGCUCUUGGCUUACUAAGCCUUAUUAAUGCCUUGUAAAACGUCACUGAAAAACCAUGACUUUGGGAAAGCCUGACAUUCCUGGGGGAUUCUUCAUUCAUUAUAGUUGCCCUCCUCGUUUCCUUUGCUUCUGUAACCCAGCUCUCUCUUCACCCUCCCACUCUUCAGAUCUUCCAUACAGAAUAUUUAUUAGCUUAUUUCAACACGGGCAUUUUAUCCGUCAAACUCCCCUUCCCUCUGACAUGCUGUUCUUCCUCCUCUGUGUAUUUACUUCUUCCUCGUAGAUUGUAAACUCAUUUUGAGCAGGGCCUUCUUCGCUUCUUGUUGCUUUUAAUAUUUUGUAUGCCAGUUACUCGUUGUCAGAUAUCCCCAUUCUAUAAUAGUAAAGCGCUACAGAGUAUGUUGGCGAUAUAUAGAUGAAGAUAAUGAAGCUAAUAAGUAGUUCCUCUCGUACUUGUUAUGGAAUUGGGACUGGAGGAUAAACUAAAUGAACUCUUGUUGGAACACAGGUUUGAGUUUAAAACAAAAACAGAACCCAUAGACCAGAAUGAGAGGUUAAUGUUUUUAUUUUUAUUUUUUCUCUUUUUGCAUAUUUUGUCAAUUCAUUAUGUAUGUUCCUGCCUGUUGUUUCCAUUUCUCAAACGCUUACGUUUGAUUUCUCUGCAGGCAUCCAGCUUCUAAAACAACCUUGUUGACACAGUAUUUUUGUGAAUACAAAAAAUAGCUUAAUUCACUGAGAAUUGACAAGAAAAUUAUUUUAUUUACACCUAGAUGAAAAACUAGCAAACUAGGCUAUUUCUCUUGCAUAGCUAUCUUGGCCUGAAAUUUGCAAUUUUCAGUUCCUCAUCUGCCUCAUUGCUUGCAUUAACCCCCUCUUUGCUUUAAAGGGACACUAUAGUCACCAGAACAACUACAGCUUAUUGAAUUUGUUCUGGUGAGUAGAAUCAUUACCUUCAGGCUUUUUGCUGUAAACACGGUCUUUUCAGAGAAAAUGCAGUCUUUACAUUACAGCCUAGUGAUAACUUCACUGGUCACUCAUUGGAUGGCUGUUAGAGAUCCUUCCUGGGUCAUGGCUGCCUAAAAUGCAUCCAAACAUUCAGUAUCUCCUCCCUCUGCAUGCAGACACUGAACUUUCCUCAUAGAGAUCCAUUGAUUCAAUUCAUCUCUAUGAGGAGAUGCUGAUUGGCCAGGGCUGUGUUUGAACUGUGCUGGCUCUGCCCCUGAUCUGCCUCCUUGUCAGUCUCAGCCAAUCCUAUGGGGAAGCAUUGUGAUUGGAUCAGGCUACCACUUUUGAUGAUGUCAGCAGACAGCUUGUUUUUCUGAGGCAAACAGCAUGCAGAGUUACAGCUUCUGGCUUGAAUACAGUAAGAUUUAGCUAUAUUUAUGGAGGCGUGAGGGGCCCAGGGUGGCUAGAUGGUGGUUUUAACCCUAUAGGGUCAGGAAUACAUGUUUGUGUUCCUGACCCUAUAGUGCUCCUUUAAUCAAUGCUAUCUGGUUAGAUCUGUUGUAGUACACCCGUGUUGUGAAGCACCUUACACACCAUUAACAGUCCAGUUUAAGGAAUCACCCGGUUCUAUUCCAAUGGGGAUCAUUGAACUGUGCUUUUUUUUUCGAGUUCUAGAAAUAAAUCAAAAAGUUUUCAUUUUCAUGUGGCAUUCUUCUUUAUACAUAUUUCACAUUGUUUUAAUGUAAUAAAAACACUGUUUGUUAAGCAUAGUAGGUUAAAGUAUCUUACUUUGGUGUAAUCACACCUCCCCUUCCUCUCCCAGCCCUGAUUAUCUGGAUGUUGUUAAGAGCACUCAGACCAUGAAUGAAGAAGAACUUAGGACAACGUCGAAGAAGUACGUUGCUGCUUAUUUUCACCAGGUAAUCUGAAACGUAUCAUCUGUAUUUAGAGUUCAUGGAUAUGGACGUGUCCAGUUCAGUUUUCUCUUUAAGUUAAUCAGUUUAAAACCGUACUGCCCACAAAUAUAUAUUUUCACCUAACCUGCUAUAUUUAGUAAGGCUGGCGGUAAUUACCACUUGACAAUCUGUCAUUUUACCUCUGUGGAGGUGGUUGUGAGGGAAUUUCAUACGGUGACAAUUAUCAAUUAAAUAGAAAAAGUAAUUUCGACCAAACCACUUUAAAGUGAACUGCUGCUCUUCAUGUUUUAGCAUUAAGUCCCUCAACUACCUAUGAAUUGGCAGUACUUACCCUGAACUUUUACAAAAAAAUUAUUCUAUAUAUCCCUGCAGUGCCACCUGUUGAGCAUUUGCUGUAUUGCAUGUAUAGAUUAAACAAGGCAGAGACUAUUUACCAGAGAACAUAUAAGCACAUAACACUGCUACCACGAUAACCCUUGUCAUGUGAAAUUCUAUAUUAGAAUUGGUUCUUUAAUUCAGGUUUGCUAGUGAUCUCAAUGGAGAUCCAGAGAUAAUUUUGAAACAAUGCAUUUUCGGCAGUGCCUCAUAGCAAAUCUGAAUGUUUGAGUUAAAUCUGUAUUUAUUUGCCAGAAUUCCUAUCGCUGUGCCAAGCUGUCCCUUGGUGGCACCUUGCAGCUGGUGGAUGCAGUUCUGUCUGGGGAGGUGCAGAACGGAAUGGCUCUUGUAAGGUAAAUAGGAAUGACUAGCUACAUCUCAGUUUGAACAGCAGUGUUUCAUUAAGUUUAAAAAAUAUAUAAUGGUUUUAUAAAUGUGAUGCCUGUCUUGAUGGCAUCAUGCUCAAUAAGAUAUUAAUGUUCUUCUCUAAGCAGUAGCAUAUGUUGAUAUAUUUUAAAGAUAACCAACCUCACAGCAAAAGUAAUAAUAGCUCCCCUUUAACUCAUUAUUCAUUAUUCUGCAGAAUAUGUUGUUCAUUUCUAAAUGACGACAAUUAAUUUACAAGCAGCCGUAUAUUUUAUUUAUAUAGCGCUAACAGGUGUACGCAGCACUUUACUGGGUGCAUUACAGUAGAGGGAGAUACAGUGAGUGCAGUAUGUGUGUAGUUACAUAGCAGGUACGUAACAAAUAACAGGUUGAAUAGGAUGAAUUGUACAGUAAGUUCUGUAGCUAUACAUUUAUAACAGAGGGACAUUGCAGCAGCCUCUCCGUCUGUCUCUCUGUCAACAUAGAGUUUACAGAGUAAUUGGAAAUGGAAGGCGUCUUUGGUUUUGUGAUAUUGUUAUCUGUGUUGAGUAAUGUUUGCACCUUCGACUUUACAACUUAACAAAGGUUUUCUUGCUGCUUUUAUGUUCAAACUCACACUCUGCCAUUAAUGCUGAUCUUUGGCCAUAUUUAUCAAUUUAUCUUUCAGACCUCCAGGGCAUCACAGUCAACGCGAUCAAAGUAAUGGAUUCUGUGUUUUUAAUAAUGUUGCAAUUGCUGCAAAAUACGCUCAAAAAAAGUACAAUUUGCAGAGGUAGGUAUGCAGUUGGCCUGUUUGAUUUUGCCAUUGUUAUUGUUAUGUGUAGUAUCUUUCAUAUACUUUCAUUGGUCUCUAUCCUAUGUGUGUGGACAUUCUUUAACCCUCACUUUUGGUUUGACCUUCCAGUAUACAUUGAUUACAUCUUUUAUAGUAGAAAAUUAUAAGUGUGUCUGUAUGAUCUGAUCAGGAGGAUGAACCACUCAUAAAAGUGAACAACAACAGGUUAAUGGGGCAUGUACAGUUGUCCCAUAGAGACCUAUAGACGGAUGAUGAGCAGAGAAAAUUUGGCACUUUCCCUGUUCAAGAGAUCUGAGACAGAAAAUGAUUUGCUGCAAAAAAGACAGAUCUUAUCUUUAUUAAUGUUUUAAUGCAUCGUCUCCAUAAUUUGUAUUAAAAAUAGCAAAUUCAUGCUGGUCGGUUAAUUCUCAUGUGGCUUAGUUGAUGCUGAAACCUUGGCAAUAGAAGUGCUUCAAGAUUUUUCGUAAUUGGCCAUUUUGAAAUAGAUUUUGUAGUUUUUUACAUAACUAUAUAAUCCUGUUCAAUGAGAGAACGUUAUGCCCGAAUGAAGCUUCACUACCACCAAACAUAAGCUUUUAACGGUCCUCUUUUUAUUUAGAAUCCUGAUUGUUGAUUGGGACGUACACCAUGGACAAGGAAUUCAGUAUAUCUUUGAGGAUGAUCCCAGGUUUGUAUUGUGCUUUUAAUUCAUGAAAUCUUUAUUUUCUUUAAAGAAGAUAGUAUAAUUGAAGAGGACAUUUAAAAAUGAAUAAAGAAAGGAAGGGUGCGCCAAGGAUGAGUUAGAUCUGGUAUAUUACAAUGGAGACAAUGGGUUUUACCUGACUGCAUUGUAAUAUACCACAUCUAACUCAUCCUUAAAAUGCCAGAUACUUCUAUUGGUAUUUAUGUUGAAAAAAUGACUACAUAGUGUUUUGAGUGUCUGUAUAAAUAAGUGCUUUAGAAAUUAAAAUAUAAUUUGUAUGCCCUUUCCUUUCAGCGUUCUUUACUUUUCUUGGCAUCGUUAUGAACACAAAAUAUUUUGGCCAAAUCUCACCGAAUCAGACUAUGACUGUGUCGGAAAAGGGCAAGGAACUGGCUUUAAUAUAAAUCUCCCGUGGAACAAGGUGACAGUCGUUAAUGUUAUUUGAGUAAAUUCCCUCAUUCCCCUGUCAAAUGUCAGAUACUUCAUCAUUGCUGAAAUAUGGAAAUAAUUGGACUAAAUACACACACUAUAUGUUAUCAUAGUCGUAUACAUGUCAAAUGAUGUCCAUAUUGACUUUCAGUUAGACUAUGAUAACUACGUCAUAAAAAUAAAAAACUUUUUAGGUUCAAGGCGCCCUUAAUAUUUCAAUAUUUUUCCAAGGCACCCCAAGUCAAAAAAUGUUCUAGGUUGUAUAUAUGUACAGCGCUGCGGCAUAUACUGGGCCCCUAAUAUUGGGAGUUUGUGUGUGAGGGUUGCAGUGUGCGUGUGUGUGUGUGUGUGUGUGUAUACAGUGGUGCAUUGUGUGCAUGAGGAGUAAAGUGUGUGUGUGUGAAGAUGGCAGGUUGUGUGACGGGUGCAGUGUGUAGGAGGGUGGUGUGUGUGUAUGGGGGAGCUAUUGUGUGGUGUGGGGUCUGUGGGGGUAGGAGGGCAAUUAAUAUAUACUAUAUUAUUUUUUUUUAAUAUAUAUAUAUAUAUAUAUAUAUAUAUAUAUAUAUAUAUAUAUAUAUUUUAUGGGUGGGGAGACAUUUCCUGUAAUCCCUGGUGGUCCGGUGGGGAUUUCCUUCACUUCAGCUUUUAGUGGUUUUCGUGUUGUGAAUGAUCAGUGAAUAUGGAGGGGGUGUUAAGUCUAAGCUCAUUCAUCCUGUAACUACAAUUUACAUUAUUCUCUGCAAGAAACUAAACAGACCAUCCUCUAUUGAUUUAAUUUAUUAUCAGAUCGGCAUUGGUAACGCGGAUUACAUUGCAGCCUUUCUACAUGUGCUCCUGCCUUUGGCCUUCGAGGUAAUUGCUUUAUUAACCUUUGAAUUGCAUGUUUUACUCUCUUCAUUUCAGUUUAUUUGCACAUAGAUACAUUGGAAAGUGACCAGAUAAGAGAGAAAUCCCUUUUAAAUUUAAGAACUUUUUUGUUUGUAAUUUCCAAGUCAAUUGUUGUUUUUGGGGGGGGGGAGUGAGGGGGUUUGUGUGUUUUUGUGGUUUUUUUUUUCUUUAUCCAUGUUAAUGUUGAUAAAAGGUAGAACAAAAAACAUCUGUAUAAAGUUUUACAAGUGGAGCUUACAUGUCUAUUUAGGGAUAUGAUAAUUAGGUCACAAAGUAUUGGCAUAAGGAUCGUCUUCAUGUAAUAGAAUUACACUAGGCUGAGGAUAAUUCAUCAUCUUGUCAGCUUCUGCUUUGAUGAGCUGACACCAUUCUGGUAAGUAGGGCUAAGUAACCCACCCAAAGUAUGCGUGAGAUUCAUGAAGAUCACAUUCAUGCUGGUAGACAGAGCCAAGGGAAAAGAGAUGCAAUGAAUGGGAAAGGACAAAAGACCGCGAGGGAGUAGAGAUGAGAAGAGAUAAGUAGCCAAAAUGAUCCAGGAGAACAGAUACACCAUAUAAUUCCAGAAUUCAGGCAUUUACACAUUUUUAUGAUGAAAGCAAUGAAAACGUAUUCAACGGGAGGAAGUUUGUAUGGCAGGAUGUAUCGCUAACUAUCUGGGAAAUUGUGAAGCGUAAGUUCAUCUCACCAGAUCAGGAAAUGACACUAAUCUUCCAUGCAGAAAGAAGAGAGGCUCCCCACCCAGGGAAUGUGUGAGCAUUAUAGAGCAGUUUUACGUAGUUGGUCAUCCCAGUGGGAUUACGCCAGUGAUUCUGUCUCCAGCGUUGCCAGUGGCCAGGGUGGGCAUCUAGUGGAGGUGGUGUAGCAAACCUGUUGCUCAAAAAGAGUAAUAGAAUGUGAUACAUAAAACAAAAUCUUCCUGUCUAAUAUUUUAGUGGUGGUUGUUAUAUUUUUGCAUUUUUCUUUUAGGGGUAGAGCAGACUGUGUAUAUAUAUAUUCUAAAACAAAUCUUCUCUUAUUUCUCACAGUUUGAUCCUGAGUUGGUUCUGGUGUCUUCUGGAUAUGAUUCUGGAAUUGGUGAUCCAGAGGUGGGUGGUUUAAUGAGAUUUGUUUCACUCUAGAUUAUGAUGCAUGUGAUCAAGUAUUUUGUAAUGAGGUUUACAUCCUCUAGAAUGUAAGCUCAUGGAGCAGGGCCCUCCCCCCCUCUGUUCCUGUACGUCCAGUUGUCUGGUUACAAUUACAUGUCUGUUAGUCCACCCACUGUACAGCGCUACGGAGUCUGAUGGAGCUAUAUUAAUAAUAAUGUGUUUCAAUGAUGGGUCUCAAACACAAGAUGUAACAGUAAGACGGAAUGCUGAAUUAAUCUGUGUAUAGUAACUGCAUCCUUCUUUAUUUGCAGGGCCGUAUGAACGCCACCCCAGAAUGCUUCAGUCAUCUCACCCAUCUGCUCACAAACCUUGCUGGUGGGAAACUAUGUGUUGUUCUCGAGGUAAAGCCAACUGUCCUUUGCAUCUCUGUGUAUUGAUAUGCAAAAGGAUCAUUAGAAUAUUUGUUGAUGUAGGUGUUUUGUAAUUGUACAUAGUGUUUGAUGGGUGUGUGUGUGUUUCAUCUAAAACAUUACAGUAUCUGUAAAUAAUGAGCUCCAGUCCAUUUUUCAAUAAACUAUGUAAAAUGAAUAACAUGAAAGGCUGUAGAUUAACUCUGUAAAAACUGUUAUGAAUAGCAAUUUCUGUGGAAAUGUCUUGCAUAACCCAGGGAGAAGAAUAUUGUAUACUUGUUAGGAUUAGUGUCAUUGUGGUAAUGCUCACGGAGAUAUUUGGAGAGCUCUUGGUUUCUGUGCCCUUUUUGCUUUUAAUAAUACGAGUACUCCAUACUAGUGUGUUUAUUUUUUUCUGUUGUAGUCUGUUUUAUUGGACCAGGGCUGUAUUCUCAGAGAAUAGAUUAGGACACACAGAAUGCUCCAGCUACUCAGAGUAUUCUGUCCAGACAUGCACCCUGACUGCCAUGCAGAGAGUGAUAGGGGUUUGCUUUCCUUAAUCAUCCAGUUUAGUAAACAGUUACCAACCCCUUCCUGUGGAAACUAUGCUUCAAAAUAUUAUAACAAAAAUCUCUAUAUAAAUAUUUCAUCCUUUGAAAAGCUUAUCCAGCAAUAUUAAAACAAGUCCUUGUAAUUGUGUCUUCUUCAUGUCUAUUAUUGGCUUAUUUUCUGUAAUACACAGGGAGCUGAUUCACUAAGCUGGAAAGUGCAGAGAAUUGACACUAGAAUGUUUGAGCGGAAAACAUACCUGCGCUAAGUUAUUUAUCCAGUCCAGCUUUAAUUGUAGAAUUUAAAUUUCCCUUGUUAAUUCCCUGUAUUGCCUGGUUCAGUAAAUGAACCCCACAGAGUUUAUUUUUCUAUUAAAUGUUUGCAUUAUACAAUGUUUCAUGAGAUCUAAUAUGUCCAUUCAGGGUGGAUACCAUCUGACGUCAUUGUCUGAAUCUGUCUGCAUGACUGUAAGGACGUUACUUGGAGACGCAGUGCCCAGGCUAUCGGGGGACAUGACACCGUGUCACAGGUACACAUUGAAAUCUAUAUAAUUUCCUUAAGAAGUGUUUAAUAUAACAUUGUGAUUCCUGACAGAGUGCCAAGACAUAGAUAUGCUUUUUUUUCUCUUUAAAUUGUUUAUUAAUAGCUCUUACUAGUUGUAUACUUCAUUGUCAAUGUUUGAAAAUGCAUUCCGGUAGGUAGGUGCCUGUCUCAUGAGAAUGGGGAUCUUUGUGCACCACCAUGUAGUGAGCAGAUGUCCCCCGCCUAAAUGCCAUGAAGUACAUCCCUCGAUUCUUACCGUUGAUUCAGGGGGCGGGUCAGUUGCUCACUCACCCUUAGUUAUGGCAUAGCAGUAUCCUCUUUUAUAUGGGGAAAAUGCUCUAUUUUUCAGCUCCUACGGUGGCAACAGCUGACCCAUUCCUAAGGUAAAUGAUGCCUUUACAAGGAAACAAGCGUUUCAUUAAUACAUUUUCACUACCUCUUUUUUUUAGUGCUUUAGAAUCAAUACAGAAUGUACGCACCGCACACACUCCUUACUGGCAGUGCCUAUCCGUGGAUGGUAAUUAUUUUAUUUUCCCCUUUAUUUGGGAGUGUAUUGGAUCAGUGUGGAGUAGUAUAGUGAUGUAAGCUGACAAAUGUAUGGUAUUUGUAAAAUGUUUUCGUAUUUGAUAAUCGUGUUUUGAACAUUUAUAUUCUGUGUUUUCAUUUGCAAUGUUAUUUAUUUCCUUAAUUAAUUUUUUUAGUGUACAGAUAACCGUAGCCUAUCUCAAACAUUGUUGAAAUAAUUUACUACUUGUUCUAAAAAUUUCGGAGUGAUCUUGCUUUAACUGAAAACUCCCCAUAAAAAAGCAAAAAUUCUCCAAGACAUCUGUACACUAAAGCAUGAUGUCUCUUGUAUUUGUUAAUUAUAUUAUAACUUGUUUACGUCGGAUGUGAAACAGCCAUUGGCCACAAUUAGGUUCUCAGAUAUUGUCUACUUAGGAUCUAAGUAUCUUACAUUAUGAUUUAUAAGUUAUGGCUUUUCAGAAUUGUACAUGUCAUGGUACACACACACACAUAUCUUGUAAAUGGAAGUUCACAAACAUCUUUACAUACUGCUAGCUUUUAUAAAAAACAAAACAAAAACAACUCUCUAUUAAAUUAUUUACUACAUUCUCUUAAAAUAAUGAUGUGAUGUUUACAAACAUAACCAUCGAAGUACAAAAUAUGAAAAGGCAUAUUUACAUAAUUAUGAUUUUCAAUUUGCUCUUUCCUUCACUCACAUUUAUUAAUAUAGAAUAUAAUUAUAUAAUAUUUUCAUGUCAUUUUAUUUAAAGAAACCAAGCUGGUGCAACAAUGCAGUACUAAAGGCAGUUCCACUCUAGAGCUUCCAUACGAACAGCAAGAAAGCGCUGAUACAGCCAGGUUUGACAGAUUGAUUGAGUCUCACAUGAAAAACAUCCUGUCCCCUGCACCUCCUUUCCGAACCUCUGCUGUAACCCCUGAUGGGAACACAUUUAUUAUACCUGCUGGCGUGCAUGUUGAGGACCAGGCUGCUCCAAGGGAACAAAUUGAUGCGGCCUGCAGGUAUAUCUGUGUUUUUUUAAAUUAUUUUUAUCCCCUCCCCCCUCCCAGCCCAGUUUUAGUCUGAUUCCCCCCUAUACCUUUAACUCAGAGAACCUAAGGUAGCUCACUCCGAAACAAAGCUCCCGUGGACUGGUGUUACCCACAAUCUCCAAGGUUCGUAAGAAACACUGAAUACCGAGACCACAACCUGCAUCUCCGCCCCCCACCCAUACAGCUCAGGAGGGUAACUUGUGAUAAACCUACGUUUCGGUGAGGUACUGUCUCACUCCUGCAACUAAGGCGAUUUUCGCCAAUCUGUAUUUUGGACUCACGCUCCUGCGCGACGUGAGAUAUGCUAACUGUGUGCGCUAAAGAUGUAUACCACUGAUCAGUCUACGUGUAUCUUAUACAUGCAUAUUUGACUGCUAUAUCUACCUGAAAUGCUGUAAUAAAAAUUAAAUAUACAAACACACUAGGCUUUAACAUGAAAAGGUGUGUGUAUUUGCAUUAGGUUUUAAAUUGAAAAGUUGUGUGUAUCUAUAUAUCCUAGUUAGAUAGCUUUAUUUAACUGUUCCACUUGACUUGAUCUACAUUAAUAUUACAAUUUUUUUGGUUUGUCUCUGCAGUGGAAUUAGUAUGUCACACUUAAAAGAAGGGCAUCUAGUACAUUCUGUGGGCAAAAUGUUAACAGUCAUCAACAAACUGGUGAAAAAGCAGGUAAGGCGCACAGCUCCAAAGAUAGAAUUUCUGCCAUUUUUAUAGUUUCUUAUUUAAACAAAUCCCAUACUGUACAGGGGUGAUGUCACUCUGUGCAUUAUAAACAAUAAUGCACAGCUUUGAUAACGUAAGGUAGAGAGUGCAGUUGUCUUUCCCCAGCUCCUCUCCUGACAUAUUACUAGGAGCUGAAUAAGACUGCUGCUUAGGGAUAUAACGUACACGUACAGUUUCAGGAAGACCAUGGAUACGCAUGUCCCACUGCUGCCCUAAGUUUAGCCCUAACCAUAAUUUUUUUAAACCGUCCUGAGAUUAAAGAUACUGAAAACUAAAGCAUGUAUAAUGGAAAAACGUCUUCUCGAGGUCUCUGGAGACAUUAGGAUUUUGAGUUCCUAUGAUGUCUCAGAACCCAGUUGCAUUCUCUUCCUAAUAAUUACUUCACCAUUAUGCAUCCGCUAUGAAGUAAAUGCUCAUUUUUAUAUUGUUACUAUAAUAAGCAUGAUUCACAGUAGAUGCCAAUUGUUUUUACUCCCACAGACAAAGAAUGCUGUGGUUUUAUCACCAAGUACGUCACUAUCGGCAGCUGUGGCUCUGCAGACUUCUUUGAAUUUGGGUAUUGAGAGGUACGUAUAUACUUUUAGAAGGCACACGGUGUGAUAUACUAAUAAAGUUAUUUUUUCUUCAUUUGUGUUGUAUUGAAAAUGAUUGGCUACAGAGUAAGGCAACAUAAAAUGAGGGGGCAUUGCAACAGUAUCCCAACAAACACACCUUUGCAUUCCAUACUGUGCUUUUAAAAUAGCACAUACCCUAGGCUCUAACUACAUAGUUCCAUAGUAAUCUAGGAUGAACAAAAAUAGUCCAUCAAGUUAAAGGGACACAACAGACACCCAGACCACUUCAGCUCAUUUAAGUUGUGUGGGUACAAUGUUCGUUUAUGAGAAACUGCUAAGACAGUCACUAGAGGCGCUUCUGUGAGUUUACCGGACUCUGGGUCGCCUAACUGAUGCUGGAUGUCCUCACAUGCUGCAUUAGAAUAUCCAGCGUCUUUAAAAUCCUCAUAGGAAAUAAUUGAUUCAAUGCUUUCCUAUCAGGAGGGCCUAAUAAGCUUGUUGUGUUCGAUGCGCAUAAGGUCCCCUCCAUUGGAUGACGUUGGAGGAAGCAGGUCACCAAUCAGGUAAGUAAAUAAAGUGUUUUGUUGUUUUUAACCCCUUUAUGUACUGCAAGGGAGUUGGGGAGGAGGGGACUAUAGUGUUAUGAAUUCAGCUUUGUAUUCCUAACGCUAUAGAAUCCCUUUAAGCCUUUAAAAUACAUCUCUUUUUGCUGUUGAUCCAAAAUGGGGGGGGGGGGAUUUUUUCACUCCUUAAUGGUAACCAGAUUUCUUCUUGGAUCAGCAACCUGUUCACAUACAUAUUAAUUAUAGCCUUUAAUAUUCUAUUUAAAAAAAAAAACUAAAAAAAGACGUCCAAGUCUUUAUAUUUUUUUUUUUUUUUAAUGCUUAUCUAAUAAAACAAUAUGAGAGAAUUCUGCAUUGUUAUUGUUCUUACUUUAAAGAAACCAUUUCCUCUGCUGUAAGCUAACUAUGAAACUAUAUUGAAAACUUCCUCCACACACAGCAUGGCACCUUGGACUAGAAAACGGUUAUGUUUUCAGGUUCGAUAUGUUUAAAUUCACUUUGAAUUCCUUGCAAUUCAUACUGUAUAUUAUGUAGCAUCUAUUUGUAAUUGAUAGAAUGGUUGAUGUUUCUAUAUCUUCCCUUUUAUGUGAAACAGAAUGACUUGCUAUUCCUGCUAAUGGUGAUCACAAGUGCAUGAGGGAGUGGUUGCGGCUCAGUGUGGUCAUACUUUUAGUGACUGCGAUUUUCUGCUAUAUAUAAAUCUGCAGAAACUUCGGAUUACAUGAAUGGCUUUGUGCUUGCAGGGUGCUCUAUGUUCAUGUUGGGGACUUGGAUUCAGAACGUGAUUUUGAAAAUGAUCAGUAAGUACUUUACUUUAGUUACUUUUUUCAUAAAUGGUAGUGCAUGUAUUUAGUUGUUAAAACAUCUCUGAUAUGUGUUUCUUUUGCAGGAAAACACUGUUUGUUAAAAUUUGUGGAGACCAACCGUCCAAAGUGUUUUCAAAAUAUCACGUUUCUCUAAAAUGGAAAGACGUAAGUUGUGUAGAGAAAAGGACCAUAUGGUUGGAUAUUACAUAUGGAGUGAUGCUGGUGAAUUUCAUGCAAAAAUAUAGCUUGAUCUAUAUAUAUAUAAUUUUUUUUUUAUUUUUUUUUUCUAGUAAUUCAGUUAAUAAUUAUAAGUAUACUUGUAUGUUCACACAAUCUGGAAAGUCUUCAAAGCAGAGCUUUUUAUCAUGCUUUUUGAGUGGGCCAUUAAGAAGUUGCUGUAGCAUUUGGUCAGGGUAGGUGACUGCCAUACUUUCCACAAUUCCACUAAACCUUUUUCUCUGUUUAUUGCUUUUUAGACUCCUGAUGAAAGUAGCAGCUUCUUUUAUUUGGUUUUGCAAAUUCUACUUCCUUUGGCUUACAGCUACCAGCCUGACUUUAUUCUACUGAGUGCAGGAAGUAACAGGAGCGUUGGCAAUAGAGAUAUAUUGCUGCUUUCAAACAUGCUGCAAGUUUUGGCUGAAGGAUGCAUUCUUGCUAUAAUCCCGGUAAGAAACUGGCACAUUAAGCGAAUGCUCCCUGUAAGGACUUGUCAAGAGUUAUUCUUUUCUUAGAAAGUUCUUAUCAGUAUUUGUGAAAAACAAUAAAAACACAGUAAUCCCUCUCCCUACAAUAGUCUACCUGUGUCCUACUAUCUACCUUAUAUAUAUUUAUAUAAAUCUUAGUGUAUCCGUCUUGGUAAAUAUUUUAUAAAUAAUUAUAUUGGUAUGCAGUCUUUUUCAAUAAUCCUUGGGCAACCUUUAAGUGUUUUCUUUGGUAUAAAUGGGCGUCCAUUUAAAAUCUGGUCACAGAUAGAACCAUACAGGACAACGUGACAACUAAAAAAAUAUAUCUGCUUUAUUGAAAUGCAGAAAUUCUUAAAAUUAAAAAAUGAUUGCCAUGACCCAGCAUCCCAGUGUUCAGUAAUGUGUGCUUCGGUGUUGUAACCCCCCCCCCCAGGUGAGCUAUUGAAGCAGAUGCCAAUUGCACGAAUCUUUGUUCCUGAGCCAGCUACAAUUUCUGUAAUCUUUUCAACAGUGUAUUGUGGCCACUGUACUUAUGAGAGAAUAAUUUGCUGAAAGAAACACUCAAGUGUUAAAAACAUAUAAUUACAUAUAUUUUCUUAACAUGGGGUGUUGUUGUCUGCUGUGCCAUUGUUCCCUCCAGUUCCUGUAAAAUGAAGAAAAUACUUGCCUCUAACCCACCGAGAGGCUCUCCUAAAUGCAGUGAUGCUCCGCCUCCAGGAGAUCACAGGGAAACAUGGGAGGCAGCAUACAUGUGCAGUAAUGCUUCUAAUAGAGAACCAUUGCAUUCAAUGCUUCUCUAUGAGAAGCACUGUUUUCUUCUAUAGCACAAAGGAAUCAGGAAUAGCAUCCUUCCAUCUACAACUUAGGAGCUUUAUAAAAUGUCUUGAAACUGGCACUUUUUGUAAAGUAAGAAAGAAGGGGCACCUUGACCCCUAAUGCACUCCAGCAAGCUUUGCUUUUUUGUUUUGAAGUGUUCCGUUAAAAUCAGAGUUUGGAAAUCUUUGCUGUCUCAUUUACACCUUAAGAAAUAUUUUGCUAUCUUCAGUAACUUGUGUGAGCAUCUAAAGUUACAUUUCCUUUUUAUGUUGAUUGAAAACUCCCCUUAGACUAAUUUGUUGUAAUCACUAGUAUCACCAAAGAUCAGUUUUCCUGUAUUUAGUUAAUUAUCGUGAUUUCCUAAUAAACAGGAUACUGAACCAGAGCUGGCAGUGGGUAUUUCCAGCAGCUUAGCGGGAUGUUCAACAGCAAUGCACUACGGGCCGUACAAAUGUCCUACUAAAGAGUGCGUGAACGCCUUAAAGGAGAUACAGCGCGCCCUGCAGGAGGACUGGAGAAUGCUCAGGAAUUAUGGUGAGUAGGUUUAGUAUUAUGGGAAAUGGUUUACCAGAAACCAGCAGUAGCUCACCUUAUACAUGCAAGAUACGUAAUGUUCUAAUGCAGAUCCAGGAAACAAAUGUUUAUUCUAUCUAAAUAUACUGAUCUGUUUAAAACUAUAUAAUAUAAUAUUUAAAGCAAAAUCUAAGAUACUUAACAAGUACAAUUUGGGGUAGUGGUUAUUUUUGCCUGGAAUCUAUGGAUGCUGUCCUGUUUUUUUUGUCAAAUCAUAUCGAAGCAGUUUGAACAAAAUUUGGGCCCUCAAUGGCCCAAUGCACAGACUUCGCAUCAGCUGCAUUGCUUACACAGAAAUGACACAUUCAUAUUGUCACUGUCCUUUUCCUGCUACCUGGUUGGUGGUAAAUGUGUGAAUGCUGGUGGGCAGGUCAACCCAUUGCUCUGAGCCUAUAAAUACAAUGCACGUUGGAAAAACUGAUGUUCUAUGUGUUUGUUUGUAUUGUGUAUAUGUACUGUAUGUUUAUGUAAAAUUUAGAUAUAGUGGUUUUAAUUAAAAAUUAUUAUUGUACAGUAGCAUGUGUUGUUGUCACUGGUGCUCAAGUUCGUUCGAAGUACAAAGCUUAGUACAGUCAUAAUUGUUACCGGAGAAUUUCGAACUAUUGCAGACCACAAUGAGAGUGAAGUCGAUAAAACACAGCAGGUACUAAAUACUAGAGUACACAGUAUUAUUUUGAGUAGUCUUUACCGGUUAUCCUAAAACUAGAAAUGGGAGGUCGUAUCUAAUUUAAAGAUUUGAGGUCCACGCAGUCUGUUACUGGUUACAUAAAACCUGCUUCAAUAUAAUUUGUCAAAUGAACAUUGCAUACUAGAAUAUUGCACUAGAGAAGCUGGGAUUUUAGGACUUUGUAAAAGUCUUCAGUUUCGUUGUCUACAAUAUGGUCUUCAUCACUUGGCAAAUAAUGUUUCCAUUAAUUACACCACUAUGUCAAAUUUUGAAGCGUCCUUUACCAAUGAAUAGUGUUUGUACACACCUUUUAUACAAGAACAGAUAUCACUGCUGAUUUGUAAGGGGAUUUCUGUUUUUACCAUUUAUUGCUAGCGUAUAUUGGACGAGCAUCUUUAAAAAUGCCAUUAUUAUAUCAUGUAAUUCUUGUCCCUUUUUUUUUUUCUUUUUUUUUUUUUCUUCAUGCUGUAGCUGCGUAAAAUACAUUCUGCUGUGUACACGGAUAUCCUUAGAAGGCUCUCUGAAAUCCUUUCUUGCAAAGCCUCUGUGACGGAUAACCUGGCACCCCAACUGGGCACUUCCGCCAACAGAUGCUUCCUAGCUGACGCUGAGGACCGUAAGCACUGCACCGGACUCCACAAGCAACCGCAGACUCCACAACCGCCGUAGCUUAACUUGAACCUGGUGGGCCUCCUUAGUGUGCCGUGGGCUCAAGCAAGGGAAGGGGGAAUAGUUUAGGGCAGCGGGGCCCACGGGACAGCUGCCUUGGGCCCCCCAAGAGUACCUGGGCCCGGGGAAGCUGCCCCGUUUGCCCCGCGUUAAAGAUGGCCCUGGGUGAACAAAAUAGCCCAAAAUAACCCAGAUCAGAGCAGAGGUUCAGGAAUCCUGGAAGUCUCUUUUGACCAACCACAACAGUUCCAGAGAAUCAGGGCUUGCGGCCGGUCUAGUUCGGUAUUUUGCAAACGAACAAACUACCGAACAGAGUCAAUAGUCUUACCCUGGAGCUUGUUCCCUUCAUCUAGACGAAUGAUCUCACAGAACAGUGCCCUUCUAAGCUGACUAGAAACGAACGCAGGCAAUGAAGGAAGUUCAGCGAUGUUCGGGAGUUUCUGUAUCUGAUUUUUAGGUCCAUGAGAUUCAUGCCCAAACACCGCUGCCUACAUUCAUGCGAACAAGAUGGCUGCCGCCUCGUGGUUGUUCAUAGGAAUCGCGGCCACCCAGACGAACAAUUAGAACACUGCGGUGAGAAACAUUCCAAGUUGUUAAUAGGUGUUAACAAGGUCCCGGGUGGUCUCUGUUCGUGUGGUUGUUCGCUAAACAAACCAUAUAGUCCCAAUUGCACGAACACAGCCUGUUUGAAGUAUAUUAACCAGUUCUAUUGCAGGGCCCAUAGUCACAGGGUAAAAGGCUGGCAAGUAGUCCCUUCCAAAAACCAGUGGCAAAGUUGCUUUCGUCACAGCCUGUAUCGUCUUUCACAAUCAAGUGCUGCAGCAUCAAGUUACAAGGGACUGUUAAGUGUUGAAAGAAAAAUGUUUGCCGUGGCAGAGCCAUGUUUUUGAAGUAAAGCACAAAAUACAAAUGUCUUCACAUUGUGGUGGGUUAUUCAUUCAAGAUGUUGGGCUAGCCUGUAGGGUCCAAAAAUGGCAGAGCUGUUGUGGAAACCUCAGUAGGCGAGACACUUCCACCUUCCACUCACAGGUUAGGCUGUUGGACCCAUGGUGGUUGCUGGGAUUUUAUCGAUUGACCCAGCCAUCAAAUGUGUUAA